GCGCUCCCAUGUCAUCGCCCCAAGAUAUCUAUAGCCAGGCCACAAGUAGCGGGUCUUCCUAUAGAGCUGUUUCACAGGUUGGUUCUCUGCCUCAAGUGGGCGCUUCUGAUCAGUUUGCAUCUCGGAGAGGCAACCAUUACAGUGGAUUGCUUCCACCGUCUCAAGCUACCUCUAGCCAAGGGCAUAUUGACUACUCAAGCCCGUUUCCUCACCCCAAAGCACUUCCAGUCAGUCUGCCGGUGUCUGGAGUCCCGUAAGCAAUAUGCCUCUGCCUCCCAGGGCAGCUCUAGAGCUCAGUUUGGGGCCUCUACUGGUUUUACCUCGCAGGGAAUGAGUGGUUCUGUCCCAUCUCAAGGUACCACAAGUCAGUUUGCCCCUGGCUCUCCAUCUCCAUAUGAUAGUUUAUAUUGCAAGUGUGCACUGUCACCCCAAGGUGUAGACCGUGAGUCUACUACUGUUCAGAGUUCACAUAAGCAGUUUACCUCUAGAUAUGGCACCGAGUCAGGGUCUUCUACUCCAUUCACCCUGCAAGGAAGUAUUGCUUAUGAUCGAUCGCCACGGCCUCAAGGUACUGCAAGUCAACUUGGCCCUGUGUCUCACUCCUAUCCAAGUGUAUCAUCCUCAUCCCAAGGUGUUGCCAGUCAGUCUACAACUGUUCAGUUUUCUAGGAAGCAGCUUGCCUCUACUUACACAGGCAGCUCUGGCACCCAGGCUGGGUCCUCUCCUCCCUUCACCCUGCAGGAAGCACUGCUUAUGGUGGAUCACCUCAAGAUGCCGCAAGUCCAUUUGCCCCUGGGUAUGAAUCCUCUUAUGGAAGAGUGUCACUGUCCUCACCCCAAGCUGGUCCAUCUACUACUGUUCAGGGUUCACGGAAGCAGUUUACAUCUACCUUCACAGGGGGCUCUGGCACCCAGGCUGGGUCCUCUCCUCCUUCACCCUGCAGGAAGCACUGCUUAUGGUGGAUCACCUCAAGAUGCCGCAAGUCCAUUUGCCCCUGGGUAUGAAUCCUCUUAUGGAAGAGUGUCACUGUCCUCACCCCAAGCUGGUCCAUCUACUACUGUUCAGGGUUCACGGAAGCAGUUUACAUCUACCUUCACAGGGGGCUCUGGCACCCAGGCUGGGUCCUCUCCUCCCUUCACCCUGCAGGGAAGCACUGCUUAUGGUGGAUCAUCUCAGCCUCAAGAUGCUGCUAGUCAGCUUGUCCAUGGGUCUUACCCAUAUGCAAGUGUGUCAUUGUCCUCACCCCAAGGUGCUGCUAGUCAGUCCAGCCAAUCAUAUCAAGGCGCUUCUGCGUCCCAAAGCCGGGAGUCUCAAAAAUGGCAGCCUUCAGCCACUCAUUUGACACCAGUUAUUCGGACCUCCGAUGCUACUGCAUCACAGGGUAGCUCUCCAAUGCAGUUCUCUUCCCUGUCCUCUGCAGGAGGCUCAUCGAGAGUUUCUGGUCAGUUUGUUUCUGCACAUGGUGGUAGCACCAGUUACGGUGGCUCUUUCCAAUCUCAAAGUCUUUCUAGCAAGUAUACCCCUGGGUUCCAGCACUUGCCCUAUGAAACAAGUGUUGCUGGUCAAGGUACAUCCAGUGCUUCUGAGGUCUUGAGUAGCUACAGUUCAAUGAACAACCAGAAUGCUCCUGCUCAACCAUCUUCCUCAAGCCGCUUCUACUCGGUCAAGGGCUAAAAGACUCUGGUAAACUGAUGCGAAUGUCAUCCAGAAUUGAAACCCCAAUAAAUGUUUUAAGCAAA